CCCAUUCAUUUCAUUCUAACAAAGACAAAACGAAUGAACCCCAUCAUCAAAUAUAAAAAUAAAAUCAUACACUCCCCCAUCUCUCUCUCUCUCUCUCUCUCUAGACUCGUAGGGUUGCAUAUAUAGAACUGCACGUGUGCAGUGUAUAGGUCUCAGACCCCAUCAGAGCUAGAGCCAGUUCUUUCUUUUUUCUUCUUUCAAGAAACUUGACCGAACUCAUUUCCUAUAUACUUCACAAAACACACACACACACACAUAUAUAUAUAUAUGUAUGUAUGUUGGUUGGUAGAAGCAAUUUUCUUUAAGAAAACAAAGAAAAGCCCACAAAAUAUUUCUUGAUUUCUUUGGCAGAAAAUAGAGUUGUAAUGGGAUGUCUGAUUUCGGACAGUUGGGUUGUGGUGGUUCUAUUCUUGCCGGUUUUGUGGGUUUUUUAUAAGGUAUGGAUGAUGAUGAGAAGGAAUGAAGUGGAGAGAAAUGGAGGGGGUUUUGCUGUUCCGAGAGGGAGUUGGGGUUGGCCGUUGAUAGGAGAGACGCUGGAGUUCAUAGCAUGUGGUUAUACCUCAAAACCUGUCAGCUUCAUGGACAAGCGUAAAUCUCUGUACGGGAAUGUCUUCAGAACUCACAUUUUGGGGAAGGCAAUAGUAGUGUCUACCGACGCUGAAGUGAACAGAAUGAUUUUGCAGAACCAUGGGAAUGCUUUUAUACCUUGUUAUCCCAAGUCUAUCACUGAACUUCUAGGGAAAUCCUCGAUACUGCAAAUGAACGGGUCAUUGCACAAGAGAGUGCAUGCCCUUAUCGGAGUUUUCUUGAAAUCGCCACAAUUCAAGUCCCGAAUCACUAGAGACAUAGAGAAUGUUGUCCGCUUCUCCUUAUCGAAUUGGAUGAACAAAAGUUGCCAAGUUUAUGUUCAAGAUGAAACCAAAAAGAUUACAUUUGAAAUUUUAGUCCGGGUGCUAUUGAGUGUCGGCCCAGGUGAAGAAAUGAACUUCCUGAAGAGGGAAUUCGAGGAAUUCAUCAAAGGCCUAAUUUGUCUGCCGAUUAAGCUCCCCGGAACACGACUGUAUAAGUCUUUGAAGGCAAAGGAGAGACUGUUGAAAAUGGUUAACAAAAUUAUAAAGGAGAGGAAAAAUGCAAUGGAGAAAACAGAAGAAAGUGGGCCACCAAACGACGCAAUUGAUGUGCUACUACGUGACACUGGGGACUCUGACGAGAUGCAGCAGCAUCGACUCCCAUUGGAUUUUAUCAGUGGGAACAUAAUAGAAAUGAUGAUUCCGGGAGAAGAGACUGUGCCGACAGCCAUGACACUAGCGGUUAAAUUUCUGGUCGACAACCCUGUCGCCUUAGCCCAUUUGUUGGAUGAGAACAUGGAACUUAAGACCAGAAAGGAUCAGACAUGUGAAGAAUAUUCUUGGACAGAUUACAUGUCUUUGCCAUUUACUCAAGAUGUUAUCAGUGAAACUCUUAGACUGGCAAACAUCAUCAACGCGGUGUGGAGAAAAGCUCUCAAGGAUGUCAAAAUAAAAGGUUACUUGAUACCUAAAGGAUGGUGCGUUUUGGCAUCGUUCAGCUCCAUUCACAUGGAUGAGAUGAAUUACGAAAACCCUUAUGAAUUUGAUCCGUGGAGAUGGAAGAAAGUCGGAGCCGCCAUAAGUAGCAAUAUUUUUACGCCGUUUGGUGGAGGGCAGAGGCUAUGUCCCGGUCUGGAACUCUCGAGGCUUGAAAUCUCGAUUUUUCUUCAUCAUCUUGUUACGACUUAUAGAUGGGCUGCCGAGAAGGACGAAAUAAUCUACUUCCCGACGGUCAGAAUGAAGAGGAAGCUUCCCAUCACCAUCAUGCCCCUACAGCAAUGAAUUUGCAGCUAACAAAAGUUGCUUCCAUUACACCUUAACACCCUCCACCCCGCUUCGCCUCGCCUUAACUGGUUUUUAGUUAACGGCUUCAUCAAAUACCAUGUGCUUUUUUUUUUCUUUUUUUAUGUAGACGAAUAUGAUUGAAAUCUUGAUAAGUAUAUAGAACAUGGGGUACUAAAACUACAUUAUAGAGUUUGCCCCACCUUCGCUGUCUGAAAUGUCUUCAUUGAAGGAGAGGGGUCUUUCAGGCCGUGGUACGACAAAAAAGUUGCAAGUUGGGGGCAAAUGAUGAUUCUUCUUCGUUCUCUAGCAUAAAUUAUGUUUCCAUACUGUUAGUUGGAGUCUUGGAUAAGAACAUUUGGGGUGAUUAUGGUAAACCACAAGAAAGGGUACAAUGUGGUCCAGUCCCAUGCUGUCCGUUUUUAUCGGUAUCCCAUCAAUAAUGUCUACACGAGUAUUUUGAUCAGUUGGCUGGGAGAAGUAUUGGACUGGACAUGAACAUGGACAAGAUAGAUAUCUUUGUUUAUGCACACAUUUGGAUCAUGAUUUCAUCUCCAACAGUUGUUUCAAUAAUUGUUGUAUUGUGGAAA